UCAAAAUAAUCGCGCCAAUGUAACUGCGAGGCAACGUUUCGAGUACCGUACCGUAUUUUUUGUCAAUGUCUCAACUAAAUUCGCAAAAUGGGAUCUAAUUAUCAAUCUGUACCCCGAAAUCGUGGGGCAUUUAUGUCACCCAUACCCAGUGAAAAGAGAAAAUCAAGACCAGCCCCAGUUUACAGCUUUACAUGGUUGGAUAUCGGCGUUGUACUGGUGUCAAUGGGAACUUAUCUUGCGGACAUCGUCACUGAUAUCCUUGUCACACUUGUUUAUUGGAAACUAGAUGAAAAGAUAUGGGCGGGACUCACUCUUACGUUUUUGAUUGUGCCAUCUAUUAUCAUGCAGGUUUUCAGUACAAGGUGGUACGUAGCGGAUGGCCACCGAGCCACUUUCUCCAUGUUUCUCAUCCAUAUAUUACUCAUGGGACCUAUAAAACGAUACAUCACUGUGCUGAAGUUUGGUCUUCGUGCAAGAAAGACCAAAAGAAUUGAAGAUUAUCAGUCUAUGUAUUCUGAGCUGAGUGAUGUGAGUAUGCUACGAUUGUUUGAGAGUUUUCUGGAAUCUGCUCCUCAAUUAGUGCUGCAGUUGUACAUCAUGAUUAAAGUUACUGAGGAAGACCAUAUCCUAACAGGCAUUGCAGCAUUUUUCAGUUUAAUAUCACUAGCCUGGGCAAUAGCUGCAUACACCAAAGCUUUGAGAACAGCUGCAUUCAGUCAAGAUAGCAGAAAAAACAGAGUCUCAUGGUCUGGACUUGCAUUGCAAACCCUAUGGAGGGUCGGAAUGGUCGCUGGAAGAAUUGUUGCUCUUGUACUCUUUGCUACGGCUUAUCCAAUAUGGCUUCUUGCUGGCGUGGGAGUGCAUUGGUUUAUCAUGACGAUUUGGCUAGUUGCACAAGACACGGAUUUCUGCGGAAGUUGGUGGGAGGAACGCUUGUUCAAUGCAGUCAUUGGUGAAAUCCAUAUUUUCUGUUUCUUCAAUAUGAAAGAAGGGAGAUCAAGAUGGAGAAUGAUAGCUUUUUAUUUGCUCACACUGGUUGAGAACAGUGCAAUGAUCCUACUCUGGUUUCCUAACCGCACUGUCGGAAUGUGGUACAACAUCCCUGCAUUAAUCACAGUAUGGGGAGGAUUCAUAAUUGGUUUGCUGUCUAUGCUGUUGUAUUAUCGCUACUUCCAUCCUUCAAGCAAGAGAAAAUGUCACUGUUGCAUGAUCUACUACCAUCUAGUGUAUCGUUUGUGCCCAUGUAACAAUGCCACUGCAUUUCACGGAACUCCAUAUAAAAGCGCUCGUCAAGAUUUUGCAGACUCUGAGAACGAAUCCAGCUUUGAAAAUUACGAUCCUGUAAGUGCCACUCGCGAUCACGAACAAAUUCCUAGAUUUACAGAAAAUCGGAAAACAGCGAAAAAAGAGACACUAGAUGGCAAUGGAGGCAAUGAAUGGGAUUCUGAUAGCGAAUAUGGCGAAAAUCUUCAAGUGAAAAAAUACGAAAAAGCAAAAAAUUUUGAAAAGGGAAGAAAAUGGGCACAUAAAACACAACGACUAGGUCUUGAAGUUUCAGAGGAAUAUGAAAAUGACAAAAAUACUUUACUUAUGCCAAAACCGAGAGCUACUUCUACGCCUGGAGACGAAAUUGAAGAAAAAUUUGUCAAAAAAUAUCAAAAUUUACACAAGUUAACCCAAAAUAAAGGCGUAAUUUUUGAAGACAGGCCAGUUUCAUUUACAUCUUUAUCAAGUAGUACAGAGUCUUUUAAUAACAGCAAAUAUUUGACUUGCCCAAACAAAUCACCUGAUAAUGUUGCUUUCACUGAUAUGGUGACCACGACCCCUACUGCUUUGAAAAACCUUCCCGGGGCCAACAACACUCCCGGUACAAAUAAAGGAAAUUCCACUCUUGUGAGAGAGUGGGUCAAAAAGGCUCAAGACAUGUACGGCCCAAAAAGUUCAGAUGAUAAAAACGGCGAUGGUUCCGAAGCAGGCGGCGGUGCGUAUAACGAUUUUGGGACCCUUGGAACGCGCCAUGCUACUAAAGAUGAGCGUGACUUCAUGGAAGCACAUUUUGGGGAUCCCGCUUCAGGUCCUAGCGGAAGAAGAGACAUCCUAAGAUUAAAAUCAUUUAAUAAAAAAGACCGACAGCCGCCUAAAAAGCGCGCUAAAAAGAGAAGAAAAAGUGAUUAUACUGUAUCUGAUUUAAGAAACACAUUUAGAGAAGCAUUCGGUUUUCACGCAGUGGAACAAGAUCAAGUGUCUGAAAGCGACGAAGAAAUUGCGAAACAAACAAAAAUCAUCAAAAAACAACCGAACAGGAAAAUCAAAACGAAGACUUGGGCGGAGACUGAAAUUGACCCGGUUACUGUAGAAACCAAACAAAAACAAGCUGCAAAUUUAAAACCAGUUAAUAAUUCUCACAAAAUUGAUUUUGUUCCGCAAAGAGUGAAUGUUAUAUUAGCUAGAGUGGACAAGCCCCCCACAAUGGAAGACCUACUAUCAUAUAAAUGUAAUUCUAAAACCAAUACUGCUACUUUAAAUAAAGAUAAACUUGAGAUGGAAAAUUUCGACGAAAAUAAACUUGCAAACGAUGGAAUAGUUAACCUUGAAAUUGGAUGUCCAGUUCCGAUAGAUCAGCUCAAAAUUGAUAUGGAGAAUCUACAUGGAACUCCAAUAUCAGUUCCGCUGAGCUCAGCAAAUUUUGACAGCCAAUAUGAUAACCAUGGACUUGGUGUUUCAGAUUCAAAUCGCCAUAUUCAAGAUAAUAGAGAAGAGCCUUGCGUCGUGUACCACAAUGUUCAUCAAUAUAUAGAUGAUGGUAGCCCUUCUUAUGAUGGUAAAAAUCUUGAAUCGACUGAUAAUUUCACCACUUGUAUAGAUGAGGUGGUCGGAGUUUCAAGAUUAACAAGAGACUCCUUGCACCACGUUGAAAAUGGAGAAGAAAGAUCUGAGAUGAAUGCUCAUGUUCCGCCAUUAGAGGAUGGUAAAAUACGAAAAGUAGAUGGACAGACUAAAAUAAAAUGGAGAAAGCCUUCUAAUGAUUUGGAUUCUUCAAACGGGUCUCAAGAUAAUAAAAGAAAUGGUAAAGAUGGAAAAAAUAGUGGUGGCAAUAUAAUAGAGAAAUCUGUGUAUGAUAAUUUAACAGCUUCUAUCUUAGUUGGGCCUGAUAUGGCUUCGAAUUUCGAAGGACUGUCAAAUUUGGAAACAAAGGAUGAAAGUGCGAAAACGCUAAAUUCUUGUGUCAAUUCUGAUAGUGGUGAUGUGUUUGGCCCUGUUAUAUGUAUACAAGGAGGAAAAGUAAUGAUCAAGCAUAGAGAUAUUGAUGAUAAUGACCUUUCUGAGAAACAUAAGUUAAAUUUGAACCCUGCAACUGGUGAUCAGGUUGAUCAAAAUGAAAAACUCAUCUCGAGCUCUGGAUUUGAUGCUGAAAAAAUGAAGAAUGAAAAUAAACCGAAUGUGAAGCUCAAUUCUAACCCGGGAUGUCCUGCUCCAGCGAUCAAAAAGACUUCAGACAUGUUGAAACCUGCUUGUAAUGGAACAAUGCGUCGAGAUAGGGUUGAAUAUUUAUAUAAAAUUGGGCGCAGCGGGCUCAAAAAAGCGGUUCAAGAUUCUCCUGCGAGAAAAAGACUUUUGUUUAAAAAAGAUGACAAAUGGUGUGACGAAAGUGACCUAGAAUCUAAUUUUCACGAAGAAAACGAAGUAAUAAAGCAAAAUUGCAACAAAAAUGAUAAAACAUCACCAAGAAAUGAAAAUUCCACAAAAAAUGAGCAAAGAGGUGAAAAUUCAACCCAUAAAGCUAAAAAAUCUGGCAACAAAGAGAUGGAGCAUAGCAUUGAAGCUUUAGGAAAGAGUAUGGAAGGGAUCGUAGACGGAGGCGAGAAUUAUAUCAUCCAUAUUCAUGGUGAUGAUAAAACAAAACAAAGCAGAAAAUCUUCAAAGUCUUCAGGAAAAGGAAGAAGAAUCAAAGAAAAAUCUUUUCCGAAACAAAGAAGAACACUAGGUUCCAUUGAGAAUCAUUAGCUGAAGUCUUCGAGUUUCCUGGUUCCUGUUCUCAAGGUCAACUUAAAAAGGCCUUUGCAACCUGUGUGUCCGCUCCCACAAUAAUUCAUCUUAUAAAUUUUUAAAAACUUCGCUGCGCUUAUGACUCGUAAAGUCACUUUAUCUUGCAAUAGUUAAAGCUGAUCCUGAUAGUUUGAGUCUUCGAGUUUCCUGGUUCCCGGCGUCAACCUAAGAAGGUCUUUGCAGUUCAUGUGUUCGCUUCCAUAAGUCCCACGAUAAUUCUGGGUAUAAGUUAUUAAAGACUUUGCUACGCUUAAGACUCAUUGUCGUGAAGUGAUGUCAUUUUCAUCCAACAAUAGUUAAGAAUGAUCCUGCCAGUUCGAGAAUCAUUAGCUGGAAUCUUCAAGUUUUCCGGUUCCUGUCCCAUGGUCAGUCUAAGAAGGCUUUUGCCAUGUAUGUGUGCACACUUCGGUACCGAUGUCGACGCCUUGUGGACGCUUCACUCUUCGGGCCUACUAUCCUGGCCUGAAUAUCCUUCAGCUUUUAAUUUUGGCCUCCAGUCAAUCAACUUUGGGAACCACUGCUGUAUAGAACUCAGAACAGCAAUUCGAAAUGUUUAUAGUACACCAUGUUCAAUCAAGUCAUUACUGCCACGGAAACCCUAGUAGAAUAUUGAUAGAGGUCAGAAGACUUGAUUCAAUUCAACGCCACACUGCCAGGAAAAAGCCUAUUUAGAUGCAAUAACAAACUGAUUAGCUUCUUACUAUUUAUUGUCGCGCAUCCUUUUCUUCGUUUUUGCUUUAUUCAAUCAUUUUAUUUUUUGUGUCAUAGCUUGUGUUGUGUCGAGUGUAAUAUUUUCUGCUUUUUCAAUCAAAUUCAAUCAAUCCUUUUUAAAUUUUGUUUAUAGUAACUUUACCUGCCUAACAGAGAACACAUAAGUACAUUCAAGGGUACUCCUGAAGUAUGUGUACCAAGAUGGCGGAUACCAGAACAUAGUAUGUGUACCAGGUUAGGGUUAGACCAUAAUUUUAUUCUACUUUACCUUAUUUUAGUUCUAUUACGAGUUCGGGGACUAGCCAAGUGACUUCCGUAGUAUUUGUACCGGAAUUUAUGGCCUAACCUGCUUCCUGUUCCGGGGGUCAGCCUACGGAUCAAGGAAAACAAUUACAAACUGAAUAGCUUUCCUAUAUUUAUUGUCGCACAUCCUUUUCUUCAUUUUACUUUAUUCAAUCAUUUUAUAUUUGUGUCAGUGCUUGUGUCGUUGUUUAGAGCUUUUUCCAAUCAAAUUCAAUCAAUCCUUUUUCAAAAUUUCGUUUACAAUAACUUUUUGAAUAAAUUUACCUGCCUAAAAGCCAGGUGCAUUCAGAGAACACAUGGUCCAAAACAACCCAAAUACUUGAAAUAGUAAAAUAUUGGUUUUUACCCAUUUCUGUAUACUAUUUUCCAAUUGUGAGUUUUAUUACAGCAACAUAGCAAUCCAUAUAUUAAUUAACGCAUGUGCAUUCUAUGUUUGAUUUUCAGAAAAUGGGCAAAAAUGCUUGUACACAUUAGGAGUAAUGCUUUUUUUUAUUUCUUCAACUGACCUUGGCUAUUAAUUAUUGAAACCUAUUUAAUACCUUAGCCCAGCGUUUCUCAAACUUUUCUGCCCCGAAAUAUCUACGCUUUUUAUCUCGCCUCGCGGAACACCAAGAAAUUUGAAUGUAAAAUUGAUGGCUGGUUUUCAAAAAAUUUAGCCUAUAGUAAAAUUAUAAAAUUUGCUGUUAACUUGACAAUUAAAAAAUUAGACCGACGGUUAACGAAAACUCCAUGCUUUUUAGACUUGGCUCGAGGCCUGCCCGUCUGUUUGUCACGAGUUAGGAGACAAAUUUACAACCCAGAGUCGACGAAGUACGGCCGAGAUCGCUAUGGCGACCAAUUUAGUCGCAACUUUGAUCUAUGUCCCGCUUGAACGUUUCUAUUACAUUUGAACCCACGACAAUUGCACCUGCAUACUAUUGCACCUAUGGGAAUUUUUUUUUCGGAUAUUUGAACCUAUACUAACCCUAACCAAUGGAUUUUACACCCUUGUAUAGAUUGAACCCGCGGAUAUACGGGUGCAAAUGUAUGGGUUCAAAUGUACGGUCACCAGCUUGAACGCAUUUUAGCUCUCAAGAUUCCAUCCGGAUCCGAUAGCUCUUACUUUCUAACUUGGCAACUAGAAAUUACAGAACCCUUCUUCCACCUUUGAAAAUUUCGACCAAGUUUUGAUUUCGAUUCCUGUUCCGGGAACCCUCUGAAGAAGCUAGCGGAGCAGCAGUUUCCGCGUAACAAAGCUUGAGUAACGCUGUCUGAAACGAAUACCUGGUUGAGUGUUGCCAUAUUCAAUUUCAGUACUUUCUGACACUCUAUUGGUCACUC